AUGGAACGGCCCGAGGCGCGCCGUUCCAAAGAGUCCAGGCCUGGAACGCCCCCGCUCUCCGAUGGUCCUCCUCCGUCAUCCGCAUGUCAUUCUCGGCCUUCUUCAUCGGCUGGAGGCGUGAAAGCCUCAUGCGCUGGCGAGUCUCCAACUGCCGGCGCGUGGGACGGGGCUGUCUCUGAAUUCUCCGCAAUCUCCACGUCGCCUGCUGCCUCGGCUGGCCCGAACUGGGAGCCAGCGGCGACGAGCGGCGCCACCUCUCCGACCCUGCCGUCUGUAUCGUCCGUUUCUUCUGCAACGAGCCCCAAUGGAGGCGACGCGUCGCCGCAGCCGGAGGCCUCUGGGGGAGAGGCGGAGAGCCCACCAGGAACUGCGGGCUCGAAUGCGCGACGUCGGUCCUCGAGCUCUCCCUCUCUGCGGCCAUCGCCGGAGGCGCACCAUCCUGGCGGGCGGAAGAGGGCGAGGAGCCCGGUGAGUGCCGCGCUUUCUUCCGUGUCGUCUUCGGCGGCAUCGGGAGGGGGGGGCGGGUCUCACCAUCCCGUGCAGCAGCGCGAGCUCGUUCUGAUGCAGCGGAUGACUCAGGACCAGUUUCAACAGCGUCUUGCGGACCUGGGGUGGUACCGGCAGACGCUGCAGGUGAUCAACUUCCGCAACGCAGUCUUCCCCUCGACGUACUCCGUCGCGCUCUUUCUGUCCGCUGCAGCGGCCGCCCCGCAGCUGAUCAAAGUUCUCAUGUACUACUUUGACAGCUUGCCGCCCGCGCAGUACCGCGUCUUCUGCUACGGCCUGGCGCGCUGCCAACACAUUCGGCACCUCGACGCGAACGCGACCGGCACGGCUGGUUUGCCCGCCUGGCGAACGCGUCUGCUUCUGCGAAAGCUCGAAGCCUUUCCCGACAUUCGGCACGUCACUCUGUCUGGAAACGAGUUGGAAUCCUUUCGGGGGGCGCGCAGGCGACGCAAACUCGGCGCCAGGACCGGCGGCGACGCCACACCGCCGCGGCCCUCGAGUGACUCGGAUGACCUGGACGACGAGGAACGACAGGAAGAGGCCGAAGAAUGGGGGCGAGAUGCGGACUAUAUUUUCGAUGUCGAAGCAGAAGACGCCGACGCGAAAAAACGGAGGGAAAAGAGAGACUCAGCGGCCGCGCGCGCGAGCGACGCGGCGUUAGUCCCUGGUGCGCCUGCGCAGAACGGGGUCACAGAGAAGAAACCCAGCAACCAUCCGCCUGGCGGGGCGCCGGCAGCGCCAGCAGAGCACACGGCCCCAGGGCAGGAAAGCGAAGCGGAAAAAGUGGAUGCCGCGCGGUCCGCGGACGUCGAGGAAGAUCUGGAAACGACUGCCAAACAGCUUCUCGCUCAAGUUCUCGCGGAUGUCCGCUCCGGCCGAAGGGCGGCUCGACGCAGGAGAUACUUCCCCGGCGCGGGGCAGAAGGAACACUGCCCAAGCCCCGUGCGCUCGGACGAGAAGGAGAAGCGGUCUCUGUCGCCGGCGCCUAGCUGUGUGUUCGAAAACGAAGCGCGGGAGACGCGCGCCGUGCACAACCUUCGAGAGCUGAUGGUUCGUGGCGUCGUCUGCUUGCAGAUCAAGGAGUGCGCCCUGGCUCAGCAGUCGCAGCUCUCGCUCUGGGUUCUCAACUCCUGUCACCUGCUGCGCCUUCGGCAGCUCGACAUGGGCAAAGCCGACCGUUCCCUCGCCCUCGUGAUGCCCGAAGAAAGAGAUCCUUCCACCAACGACGAACUGCUUCGGAGAAUAUGCCUCAUGUCGCGCCCUCUCUGGACUCGGCGCAAGCAGUCGAGCGACAUCCUCACAGCAUUUCACGCGAUCGACGAUUGGCGGGAGCCGAUGCUGCCCUACUUCUGGCUGUAUGCGUUGUUGGACUGCAUGCUGCUCUACGCGCAUAAUCACCCGCCGGCAUCGCUGCCUUCUCCUUCGCAUGCCGCGUCUACGAAGCCGGGGGAGAUUCCCCCGUCCUCUGGAGGCGUAAUGCCUCAUUCGCCCUUCCCAGGCGCAGCCUAUGCGUCUCUCUUGAAGCAUCGGCGCCUCAUGCGACAGCCGCUGGUACGCGUCUGGUUCCCGCCUCAAGAUCCCCAACAGGCCGUCGGCUUGGCGCUAAGGCUUCCGCCCGGAUGUGCGGGUUUCUGUUACGCGUUGCUUAUGGGCCGCGUGGGGGACAGGUGCUUGGUUCGCUGGCUAGCGCGUCGUCAGUUCAGCGAGCACUUGGAGCAAGACAUACGGGCUUGUAAACAAAGCUUUGCCGUGUCGUCUUCGGAGGGCGCGACCCCCGAUUCCUCGUCUGUGCAUCCACAGCGUCUCUCUUGUCCUUCGUCUGCAUCGCCGGUCUCUUCGUACGUUGCGGAGAUUCUUGCUCGGUUCAAAAAGCUGAAUCCCUUUCCGCCGCUCUGUCCGCUCUGCCUGCCGACUGCGGCUGCGCCUGCCGAUGGGUCGACAGCCUUGGGCGCGGCGGCCUUUGGAGCCCACUCGCAGGCCUCCAGGAGCCGCGCGUCGUCGCGGCUGGCGGCGGUGGCGGCGGCCGCAGCUGUCGCGGCGCACGGGGCGGCGGCGUCGUCGCCCUUCUACACGACCGGUCUCGAUUGCCCGCAGAUGCGGCAGAAACGAGAGCUCGAGUUGUUUUUCGGAAAGUUUGACGCAGUGGUGCAUGUCUCGAGAGUGGAGCCGGCCGCCUUCGCCUGGGACUGGAGGCUCAGUCGAGAGCAGGAAGAAGGCGAGGGCGGCGUCCACAGGGAGCGAGAGGCCGACGGGGAAUUCGACCCAAGUUCCGCGUGCACGGAGGGCGCAGAAAAACCCGAAACGGAGGACUGUGGCGCCUCGGUCGGCGAGGGCGAGACAGAGAAGGGCAGGCUACUACACGGCCCGAAGAGCAGUCUCCCCGCCCACGUGAAGAGGGAACCGAGCGCAGGACGAGACGGAGAAAGAAGGACAGACGACAAACGCGGGAUUUCGAGCAUGGGCGGCGAAGAAGGCAUCGGCGUCGGGUCCUGGGUAGAAGUGGAUCUAGGAGGCGAAGAAGAUGCGGGGAAACAGUUUGUGACAGCCAUCGGCAUUAUCUGCCAAGUCGAUCAAGCCCCUGCGGGGGCGCCCCCCGCUACCCUCCCGUCAUGGCAAGACCCGGGUUGUGCGUUCAAUCCUCGCUUCGGCCUCGCUGUGCAGGAGUCGCGGUCGCCGAGUGCGCCGCGGCCAGGUGCGCUGGCUGCAGCCCAGCGCAACCUGCUUUUUUCCGCUCGCUUCCGCGUCAACUUGCUGCACACGAAACCGACAGCGCCCUCCUCGGCGUCUUCGCAUGGGGUCAAGAGUUCUUCGGCUCGCGGAAACGCCCCGUCGACGGGGGGGAAGAAUGUCGCGCCCCCUGGAGGCAGUGCAAAAGGCUCUGACGCGGGGCGGGUCGUCAGCGUCCCCUUCAGCCGCGUCCGCCCCUUGCAGGUCCUCUUGCCUCCCAAAGAAACUUGGAGUCUGGCGGCUGUACGCUCGCAGGCUGCGAAAAUAAAAGAGGACGCAGAACGACGCGGCGUAGAGAAGAGAUACUGGGGUUUUGGAGGCCCCCUGGGGUCUUGUGUCCUACUCCCCAAAGAGUGGGGAAUCGACGCCGCCGAGAGCGAUUUCGGCGCGCCGCGGGCGUUUCCCAGCGCUCUGAGUCGCCCUUUGGCGUCUGCCCCUCCGGCGCCCCCGGCUGCGUCUGCGCCCUCAGUCUUUCACUCCCGAGUUCUUCAAUUUUUCGAGCCCGAGCAGGUGGAGUUCAUGCAGAAGAACAUGCACCACCCUCGCCAGUUGAUUGCUCACUUUGGUUUCAGCUCGCCGUCCCCGCCAGUGUCGGGUUCGCCUUCGGUCAUGGGCAGACGUAGGUCCUACGGGGGUAACGCGAGUCUCCGGGGCGGAAGCUGUACUGGCAGCAGUGCGAUAUCUGUCGCGUCAUCGGUCUCUCGCGCUUCGUCAGAGGCCUCCCGCGAGGCGUCUCCUCGUCUGGAGCCCUCCGGCGCUGACCGAGGCUUGGGUUUCGACGCGUCCGACGGUGCUGCGGAGGGCGAGGAGAGAGGGGCUGCGGGUCCCUCUGGUGCGCCGGCGGGGGCGGCGGCCGCGCCGGCGAGUCGGGACGGUGGAGGAUUCCUUCCUCAGGCGGCAGAAGAGAAGAAGGUUCUCAGUGUGCCGGUGGGGGGCAGAGGCCACCUCGGGAGUCCGGGCUGCGCAGGCUGGAGUGCGCCUCUCAAACACGGUGGACAAGGUGCGCCACCGGGGUUCAAUCGGUUGGCGUACGCACAUGUCCUGCUACCCCCUCCAGCCCCCCCGAGAGGCUUUUUCUCGCUUCUUUCAGGAAGCGGUGGCGGAAGCCAGAGUCAGAGUUCUUCCGCCAAGGGGGUGAAGCAGGAAGGAGGCAACAGCAAAGGCGGCGCCGUGGAGAAGAGUUCGGGAGAAGGCGCGGGUGACUUGAAACCGCCCCACGGGCGGUCCGCUCCGAGCGUGGACUCGUCUUUGUCGCCUCGAGGUGGCUCCCGAUGUCCCUCUCCCGGCGACGCAGGCUCAGCGGGCCGCUGCUCGUCCUCGACUUCCCGUCGUUCCUCGACGCCCCAGCAUGUGGAUUUUUUUGGCCCGGAGAGCGGGGCUCGGCACGACUCGCCGUUCCCAGUCUCCGACGGCUCCGUAGUGGGGGCGUCCCCCCGCGAGUGGGGGUCGGCGAGGGCCCACUCGCCGCCGGCGGGAACGUCCUCGACAAGCCACAAGAAGCGGGCUCCGGGGUCCGCUCAGGAAUCCGGAGCUGCGGCAGCUGCGCGCGUAGGGGCAGCCAGAGGCGCCGGUGCCGUCUCAAAAGACGCAAAGGGGGGAGGCGCGGCCUUUGCAAAGGGCGCGGCUGCGUCGGCGCACGCCAAUGGGGCGCCACACAGCAAGCGCGCGCGAGUGACGUACUCACCCACGAUCUCUGGAAAGACUCGAUCUGUCGGGAGCGACAAAUCCGUGUCUCCGCCUCCAUUCCGACUCGACAGAGAGCGAUCUCCCUCCCCUGUGCGGGGGGGGCCAGGCUCCGGCCGACUCCGCCAACAGAGAGCGUAUCAGUGCACAGAUGGGCAAGGCUCCAACCUCGUCGUCUGUGUCGAGAUUUUUGAUGACGACGACGACGAAGAGGCGAGAACAAAGGGGUCUGCUGCUGCAGGAAGAGGUGAGAAGAAAGCAAAGAAGGACGAGGAUGACGCGAGCCACCUGACGCUGGGAGAAGGCGGCAGGUGCGGCGCCGAUACCGCGGCUUCUCGCUAUGUAGCCACGAGGACGCUGGCGCGAGGCCCCCUGGCUGCGGGACGCUACGCCGAGGGAGACGGCGAGUUCCACGCGUGGAGGAACGGCACACUUCGGCGGCGGAGGCGAACGGAGGCGGAGCGAGCAGAGAGGAGACGGCGGCAAGAAAUGGAAGAGCAGAGCUACCAAAAAACUCGCGAAAGUGAAUGGCUGUGGGGUCUGUCGCUCCCAUGUCCGGCCCUCUCUCCAAGCGACGAGGGUGCUGCUGCAGAGGCCCCCGCGUGUGACGUUUCUCUCUGCGAAGGAGGAGACGGUCGCAGAGAGUCCCCUACUGACGAGCAAGACAGGUCAUGUCUUUCGCCCCAUCCGCGUUUGCCUUUGGCUCCGUCCACUGUCCGGUCCCUGCACGCAGAAUCAUGGUCACUUUCAGAGUCAUCCAAGUCUCCUUCGUCCGUUUCCUCUCGUCCCUCCUCUCCCUCUUCUUCGCCCUCACUGACGGCCUGUUGCGCGGCUGGGCCCGCGCCUUUCACACUGCACCUGUCGCGCGGAAUAGAUGGACUGCGGGGCGACUGCGCGGCGGAAGCUCCGCCGAAUCCUCUAUUGCCCCCAGCUCGGCAGCCUCUCGAAGCGAGUGAGUGGCAGCUUAUUAAGACUGCCUUGCAUAUUCUACGCGGUCGGGGUGUCUGCGGCCUGAUAUGUGAACCAGGCGGGAGUCUCCUGUCUGCUGGUUCUGCAAAGGAGGCGGCGACAGAGCGACAGCGGUACAUAUGCCUGCCUCUCUCCGCGGACUUGUGGCAAACCGGCGGGUAUCAAGGGGAGAAUCCGUUUGUCAGCUCUCUUGCAGGGGCCGAAGCGGGCUCCCGAGAGCCUGGGGGGAGCGAUCUGCUGUGGGGCACGGCGACCCACCUGCGGAAAGGGCGAGAGGGGUCGUGCCUCGCGGGGGGAGAUGCCGCACAGCCGGGAAAGAGGCACGUUCUCCACGAUGACUGCAGCGGGGACCGAAGACCAAGAAAGCGCUUCUGGAGACUGAACGAAGAAGCGCUCGACCAGCUGAGGUGCUUCCUCGAGUUCCGCGUCAGCCGCCGGCGGUCCCGAAUGCUCCAAGAUGAGCACUUCCUCACCUGUCCAGCCGCGCUGGAGCGCCGCGCUUCGCCCUUCCCGCCCACGAGGGGACGGGAGCGCUCGCCUGUGAGUGUCCAGGACACGGUCUUAGGUGCCGCCUUCGGGCGCCCCGACUCCACAGACCUGCUCGGACCGCUGCUCGCGUGCGUGCCCCCGCGCCCGCCUGCGCCGCCCCGCAGAGAAAGGAGCAAAGCCGACCGAUUCGCGGGUCGGCGCGCCCCGCCACCCGAGUCUGCGCCGGCUCGCGCCGCCGUGCUGCGCAGCUGCAGGAUGGCAGCCGAGGCCUUAGCGGCAGGCGGCGUGGAGGGUCCCCCGCCGGCGGGGGCAGGGGGUGGCGACGCAGCAGCUGCGGGACGCUGGGAGUGCGGGUCAGCGGGCGCGGGUGUGCCUCGAGAAGGCUCCUCGGGCAGGACAGAGGGGGGCUUUUCGGCGGGUCACGUCGGAGCCGGAAAGAAGAGAAGCAGAGGGAAAGCAAGCGCGGGGGCAGCGCACAGUCACGUCUGGUCCUGGAACUGGGAAGCCGUGGGCGGUGACUAUGGCCUUGACAACCGUGGCAUCUAUCGACGGUAUGCGGAGGCGAUACUUGAUCAGCAGGCACGGCGGCGCAAGCGCCGCUUAGAGUCCGAUGGACAGGUGGGAUGCUUCGGCUGGAGAAGAGACUACGUUAUGCGGUUGUUAAAAAAGGCAAGCAGCAGAAGCCCACAGGGGGACGACUGCGAGGACGAGCGAAUGGGGGACGACGACGGGAGUCGUGGCCUGGCUCACCGACGAGAUGGCAUUGAGAAUCUCGGCGAGUCCAUUGAAGACCGGUUCUACCGCGCUCUGAAUCGAUUCGUAGACCCGGGAGCUCUGUGGGGACUUGGCGCUGCCCAUGCGGGGAGCGCGCCAGACGCCUCUUCCAGUCGAGGGGGCGCCGAAUCCAUUGCCGGUAAUUUCUCGAGUGGGAACGGGGUGAAGCGUCCCGUGAGCAGCACGGGGCGCAGGUCUGUGUUUUCGGGGGACGAAUGUAGCGAAAUCGACACAGAGGAAGACGAGGAGGAUCCAACCGUCCAGCGAAGACUCCGGAGAGAACGGAGAGCCGCAGCAAACGAAGCAGCGGCAGCAGCAGCGGCAGAGGAGGGGCCGUCGCUCGCGGGUCCGUGUGGGCACUCCGCCACGCGGCGCAGCUCUUCUCCUGCUACUAGUCAAGAGAGCUCUCGAUUCCCUGCAGCUUCCUCCUCUUCAACUACAGCGGUAAAAAAACCGCUGCCAGCCAGUCGUAAACCUGGCAGACCUAGGAAAGCGUCUGCGGGGCCCGCGUCGACGGCGGGAUCUUCUGCUGUGAGCUCGCCGCCGGCUGCGGCGGCCCCCGGAGUGCCUGAUCCGCGGACUGUCCCCAGCAGGGAUUCACACGGGCGUUUUCUGCCUGGGGGUUCGCCCGCGUCCGCCUCGCCUGUGUGUCAGCAGACCGCCGUGGCUGACCAGAAGCGGAUGCCGCAGAGGCCGCCUCCUGGAGCGAGGGGAGCGCAAGUAGCGAAGCUCCCCAUAGGCCAGUCUGACGCGCCAUGUGGUGUUCAGGCCGCGAACCGCGAGAGCGAUGUUAAAGCCGCUACAGGGCCGGAGGAGCACGCGGAGAAUGUAAACCGCUCCGUCCCAGAUUCCUCCGCCGGACGCGCGAGCGGGGAGCAUGCCCUACGUGGAGGAACGCAGAUUCUGUCACAAAGAGCAUCACUAAAAGCCGAUUCCGGGGACGGCCGCGAGCCUUCGCAUGCGGGUGGGGUUGCUGCGGCAGCAGCACCUGAAGGCCGCACGUUAAGCGCAGCUGACCAUGCUCUGUCUCGCGAUUUUGAGGCCAAUCCGGCUACGCGAGGGCGGGGCGAAGGCGGGGAAGGGGCUGAAGAUUCGUGGGAAGGCGUGGCGGCUAAGCAGCCUGAUCCUCAGGAAGAGGAAACUCCGCCGCCGUCUGAGGCAGCAAAGGUGGUCGUUUCAGGGCAGCCCAAGUCCCAGUCCGAUGAGGCAGACGCGCCUGAGUUGGACGCCGCGAAACGCGUCCAGGACACAACAGACGAGCAGGAACAGGAUGGUGUCUCUUCGGUCUCCCUGUCUCCAGUCAUCAGCGUCGAGUCUCCUGUCGAGGGGCUGUCCACGUGCGGAGUGAGGCCCGCAGCUGCGAGUGGCAGUGCAGGCGCGCCCCAUGUUUCUCAGCGUAGUGGAUUGGACGGGACGGGACGAGGGAACGAGUCCGGGGAGACCCAUAGCGCGUCUUCGCCGUCUGGCGCGGGUCUGCAUUAUGAGUCGCGGUUUCACGACGCCAGUUGCGCGACGGGCGGGGGCGCGGGGCAGGCUGACCGCGCAGGAGGCCCGGAUGAAGUUCCGUCUCCGGCGGCGCAGCCGCCGCAGCGGCUGGGCGAGUGGGGCCCAGCGGCGGCGGCCGCCGGGGCCGGGACCGUGCAGGUUGUCUCUCUGGGCAGCCUUCCGCCGCAGUUCUCAGCCGUGCCCCACGGGCACCAGUUCGCGCGCUACCCAGAGCAGUUUCAGCACCACCUCGCACACCAGCAGCUGUCGCACCGGCAGUGGGUGCAGCAGCAUCAGGCUGCGGCGGCGUACUACGCAGUGCAUGGGUUUCAGCAUCACGGACAGAUUUUCGCGGCGCCCGCAGUGUAUGCGGCGGGGUCCGGCGGGGGCCGCCCAGGCUGCGGGUCUGUGCAGGCGCUGCACGGUGUCGCGGGCUCGGUUUCCUCAGCGAGUUCCGCGUCGAGUUGCGCUGACGCUGGCCUGCCGGCAGGACAACUCGUAGCCCUCUCUGUGCCGGAUGUUUGCGCGUCGGCGCAUCCAUCACCCCCCCGCGCGAUCGAGCUCGGCUUCUUUCCACAGGCGAAUGGCCAUGUUCUGACCAGCCGACCCGGGAGCGCGCCAUCAGACUCAUUCGAUGCAGCGGCCGCCAGAGGGGGCCCGCCCGAGGGGUGCAGGCUCGACGUCGGUCACUUCAGAGACGGAGACACGUGCGCAGUGACAGAGUGCGCGGGGGGUUCGGCUGCGCUAUCCAGGGGGGGGCGGCUCAAGGCUGAAGGGGAUAGCCUCGCUCAACACUGCGCGGGCACGAUGGCGGUUGCCUUGGGGGGCGGGAGGGCGCCACGAAGCUCUGCCGCCGAGCAGGUGAUUGACUUGACAGAAGAUGACUGA